GUCCACUGUCCCCUUGACGUGUUUCUCUUCUGGACUACAAGCUCAGCCAUCUGAAAGAGAGAGAACGAGAAAAGAAGAAGAAAAAAAACUGUUUCCUUUGGCUCGGUCGAACUUCAAAAGAAAAGAAAAAAGAAUCUCUCCAAAGGACUCACCAAAGGAGGCGGCCGAAAUACACCGAAGCGUGUCCAUCGCGCUCGCAUUGCCUGUUUGUGGGAGUUUUUGUGUUCUCCAGGAGGAUAACUCUGUCAACAGUUGCCUUAUUCCAGAUAUACUCCAUGUAUACAGUGUGACAUGCGGAGGCUACUGCGACCGCGCUGCUGCUGCUGGUGGAUUCCGCCUCUGCUUUUCUCCUCGCUCCUGCUCCGCUGGGCACACUGUCAUCCCGCAUCGGCUGAGGGCAACACAGCGGAGCAUCAUGACCGGCCAAUCGGUGACAGGCACCGCAGAGCGGCCGAAGAGUCCUACUGGGCCUACUCAGGGACGUACGGACCAGAUACAGGGUGGGCGGCAGCUUUUCCUGAGUGUCAGGAGAGAAACCAAUCGCCGAUCAAUAUAGCCGACCGAGACACGAAGGUCUCGAUGGAGUACCAGGAACUCACGCUGGACGGGUUUGAUGCAGAGUCAUCCAACAAGACUUCAAUGAAGAACACAGGCAAAACUGUGGCCAUCUUCCUGAAGGACGAUUAUUUCGUGAGAGGAGCCGGGCUACCGGGCCGCUUCAAAGCCGAGAAGGUGGAGUUCCACUGGGGCCAGAGCAACGGUUCCGACGGCUCGGAGCACAGCAUCAAUGGCAGGAGAUUCCCAGUGGAGAUGCAGAUCUUCAUGUACAACUCGGACGACUUCGACAGUCUUAACACCGCCAUACGGGAGAAGCGAGUAAUUGCGGCCAUGGCUGUCUUCUUUCAGGUGGGGAUGAAGGACAAUCCUGCGGUAGAUCCGAUCAUUCACGGUCUAAGAGGAGUGGUUCAUCACGAGAAAGAGACGUUUCUGGAGCCUUUCGUGCUGAGAGACCUGUUGCCGUCCUCCAUCGGGAGCUACUACCGCUACAUCGGCUCUCUGACCACGCCGCCCUGCAGCAAAGUGGUGGAGUGGAUCGUCUUCAGCCGACCCGUGUUCCUCUCCUACAAACAGCUGGAAGCGUUCUACUCCAUCUUCACCACAGAACAGCAGGAUCAUGUUAAAUCCGUGGAAUACCUGCGCAACAACUUCCGCCCACUCCAGAGUCUGGACAACCGAGAGGUCUUCAAAUCCGCCGUCAAAGACGCUUGGCUGCCCGACCUGACCGACAGCCUGGGGAACCCGUACGGAACCGAGGCUUCGAAAGCGUGCAGCAGCGCCCCGAUCAACAUGAACGUCCAGCACAUGAACAAGACGGCGCUGGUCGUGCGAUGGUCCCGUCCGGAGAUCACCUACGACCCGCCCAUCAUCAGCUACCUCAUCUCCUACAGCUGGACCAGAAACGACGAGUCGUACGAGGAGACGUACGUCAAAGGCAGUGAUCAGAAACUGGAGGCUGUCAUCGCACCGGUGUCGCCGGACGUGCUGUACCUGUUCCGCGUGCAGGCCGUGUGUUUGAACGACAAGCGCAGUGACUUCAGCCAGAGCAUGCUCUUCAGAGCCAACACCACCAGGAUAUUUGAGGGCACAAGAAUAGUCAAAACUGGGAUGCCGACCGUGUCUCCAGCGUCGUCGGCAGACAUGGCACCCAUCAGCUCCGGCUCCUCCACCUGGACCUCCUCCGGUCUUCCGUUCUCCUUCGUGUCGAUGGCCACCGGGAUCGGCCCCUCUUCCAGCGGCAGCCAGGCGACGGUGGCGUCCGUGGUGACCAGCACUCUCCUGGCGGGGCUGGGCUUCAGCGGAGGCGUGAUCUCCUCCUUCCCCAGCUCCGUGUGGCCCACCAGACCCCCGCCCUCCAGCCGCCAGACCCCUGCCAAACCUGCGCUGACCACCGCAGAACCCGCCUCCUCGCCGGCCGCGGACGCAGAGCCCGCCGCGGCCGCGGACGCCGACGCCUCCGACGACGGUGGAGGAGAUAAGGGAGGGAAGGGUGAGGAUGAGGACGGAGAAAAGAACGGAGAGGAAGAAGAGGAAGAGGACGAGGAGAAAGGUGCCGAGAGUAAAGACGGCAGCGUUCCGGACCAUGUGGAAAAGCAGACGAACGGCUCCGCGACUAAAGAUCCGCCCACGGCUCUGCCCGAUUCCACAGCCAAAGAGAAAGGAGGAAGCAGGAGAGCAGAGAACUCCACAGCGCCAUCUACUGUCCCGGAGGAUGGUGUGGAGAGAAACGCACACACAGUGAGAGAAGAAGACGCGCAGGUGCUGCCGACCGGAGAGCCGGAGGAUGACGGCAAUGUGACGGCAGCGACGGAGACGCCGGACGACACGGCUCACACCGGCAAACCCAGCAGAGGAGACCGCAAACACCUGCCUCCUUUCUCCAUUCUCACAGAGCGUACGGUGGUCUCCAGUAUGCACCCUGUGCCUGCGUCGGCUCGGAUGGAGUGGAUCAUUCCUCUGGUGGUGGUGUCGGCGCUCACCUUCCUCUGCCUCAUUCUGCUGCUGGCCGUGCUGGUUUACUGGAGGAGGUGUUUCCAAACAGCUCAUUUCUACGUCGAGGACAGCAACUCGCCCAGAGUCGUGCCCAAUGAGAGCAUCCCGGUCAUCCCCAUCCCAGAUGAUAUGGAGGCCAUCCCUGUUAAACAAUUUAUCAAGCAUGUGUCAGAACUCUACUCCAACAACCAGCACGGCUUCUCAGAAGAGUUUGAGGAAGUGCAGCGCUGCACAGGAGACAUGAAGAUCACAUCAGAACACUCCAAUCACCCCGACAACAAGCACAAGAACAGAUACAUCAACAUCAUCGCCUACGACCACAGUCGAGUGAAGCUCAGGCCUCUGGCAGGAAAAGACUCCAAACACAGCGACUACAUCAAUGCCAACUACGUGGAUGGCUACAACAAACCCAAGGCCUACAUCGCAGCUCAGGGUCCUCUCAAGUCCACAUUCGAGGACUUCUGGCGGAUGGUGUGGGAACAGAACACCGGCAUCAUAGUCAUGAUCACUAACCUGGUGGAGAAAGGCAGAAGGAAAUGCGACCAGUACUGGCCGACGGAGAACAGUGAGGAGUACGGAAAUAUCGUGGUGACUCUAAAGAGAACCAAAGUAAUGGCGUGCUACACACUCCGCAUCUUCACCAUCAGAAACACCAAAGUAAAGAAGGGUCAGAAGGGUAGCGCUAAGGGCCGUCAGAGCGAGAGGACGGUGCUGCAGUAUCACUACACUCAGUGGCCGGAUAUGGGCGUCCCUGAAUACACGCUACCUGUGCUCACCUUCGUCAGGAAGUCCUCCGCCGCACAGACUCCAGAGAUGGGCCCCAUGCUCGUACACUGCAGUGCCGGCGUGGGCAGGACAGGAACGUACAUCGUGAUUGACAGCAUGCUGCAGCAGCUGAAGGAUAAAGGCUCAGUCAAUGUGCUGGGUUUCCUCAAACACAUACGAACUCAGAGAAACUACCUGGUCCAAACGGAGGAGCAGUAUAUCUUCAUCCACGAUGCCUUGAUGGAAGCCAUCCUUGGGAAGGAAACGGAGGUGCCCUCCAGUCAGCUGCACAGCUACGUCAACAGCAUCCUGACGCCGGGCCCGGCGGGCAGAACGCGGCUGGAGAAGCAGUUCAAGUUGGUGACUCAGUGCAACGCGAGAUUUGUGGAGUGCUUCAGUGCUCAGAAAGAAUGCAACAAGGAGAAGAACCGCAACUCUUCUGUUGUGCCGUCGGAAAGAGCACGUGUCGGUCUCGCACCGUUGCCCGGGAUGAAAGGCACCGAUUACAUCAAUGCGUCUUAUAUAAUGGGCUACUACCGGAGCAACGAGUUCAUCAUUACCCAGCAUCCCUUGCCUCACACCACUAAAGAUUUCUGGAGGAUGAUCUGGGACCACAACGCUCAAAUCAUCGUCAUGUUACCAGACAACCAGGGCCUGGCGGAGGAUGAGUUCGUGUAUUGGCCGAGUCGAGAGGAAGCCAUGAACUGUGAGGCGUUUACAGUCACUCUCAUCAGUAAAGACAGACUCUGCCUCUCCAAUGAGGAGCAGAUCAUCAUUCACGACUUCAUCCUGGAGGCCACGCAGGACGAUUAUGUUUUAGAAGUUCGUCAUUUUCAGUGCCCAAAAUGGCCGAACCCCGACGCUCCCAUUAGCAGCACCUUUGAGCUCAUCAACGUCAUCAAAGAAGAGGCCAUGACCAGAGACGGAGCCACUAUAGUGCAUGACGAGUUCGGUGCGGUGUCGGCUGGCAUGUUCUGUGCUCUCACCACACUGUCACAGCAGCUGGAGAGUGAAGGAGCUGUCGGCGUCUACCAGGUGGCCAAGAUGAUCAACCUCAUGAGACCAGGAGUCUUCACCGACAUCGAACAGUACCAGUACCUUUACAAAGCUAUGCUCAGCCUGAUAAGCACUAAGGAGAACGGAUCGAGCCCCGUGUCCCUGGACAGGAACGGCAGCGUGGCCACGUCUGACGAAUCGGACCCGGCCGAAAGCAUGGAGUCGCUCGUCUGAAGAGGCACUUACUCUAACUUUGUAAAACUUCAAGGACUAAGACAGACUUUUUCUGAGGCCUUUUUUGCCAGAACUCUUGGUUAAAAGAAUAACCUGAUUACUUUUUUACACUGAUAAAAAGUUUUUGAUAUUUAUUUUUUCGCCAUUUUAUGUCUUAAUGUUAUCCUACUGAACAUUUGCACCGACGUUUUUGAGUUCACGACAAGCGAAACAACGAAGCGAAACACAGUUCUGUCUAGUUUGCACUAUGAAAAUAUCAGUGUUACUGCCUACUCCACCACGCCGUCCUCGCCCGAUCCCUCGCCGUCCAGCCCUCGUUUCCACAUUUCCACUGUCCCGCUGCUCUCCCGAGCUUUACGGAAACGCGCCGCCGACGGCAAACGGUUUUCCACGCACACCUCAGACGCCGGAAAAAGAGAUUAUCCCCACGAAAGGCCAGAUUCACCGACGACGGACCAUAUGAGCAAUAUGGAUUACGUUCGUUCUGAUUCUCGUUUGUUUGCUUCGAUCAUUUCUAGUAUAUCUACUCAUUACGCUUCUAGUUAAACCCAUAUUUACUUUCAGAAGGUGGUAUUAAAACAGCUACUGUGAACUUUUGUAUGAUUCAUAUUCUGCUUUUAAUAUAUAUGACUAUAUCGUAUAUAUCAUGAUAACGUGUGCUUUUGUAAAUGUUAACCGUCUCUGCGAGCGGAGCCCGUGACCUCUCUAGCGCCCCCUGCCGGUCUGAGUUCUCCACCGCUUCACGCCGCUGCUGCUUCUCGAGCGCAUCUCCGCACGUACCGACAUCACGCCGCUCGUGACGUAGGAGAUCCUUCUGUUAUCGGCCCGCUUCAUUUUGUAAUUUUAUACUGCUCUACUUCGUCCUGGGUUUUUUUAAUCGUUCACUGACAUAACCGUCCCAUCACUUUGAGAACAAUGUAAACAAGUCUCUCGAUGCCUUCUGUACAGUCUCAUUCCACCUCGCAGGUGUGUGUGUGUGUGUGUGUGUGUGUGUGUGCUGUGUUUGGUAUUGACCGGUUUUACUAGAAACUCGUAGUCCGAGCGCUUCUUCACUAAACGGACCUCUUUUAGUGUCUCUCAUUUCUCGUCAAAGGUCCUCAGAUCCUGCUAGGAAGUUAGUGUCACGAACGGUCGUCUCACGCCAUACAGCACAAAGGCCUUGCUAUCAGAACAUUAGAAUCGGUCCUAGAGCUUCAGAAACCGGGCACCCGUGAUUCAUUAAUUUUUACCAAAGACUACAACUGUUGUGAGAAAGUUUUUAUUUUUAUUAUUGGGUAAAGCGGUUUUAAGAAGAAUGUUUUCGGUCGUGACUGGAAUACCUGUGCUGAACAUGUCCACAGGCAAAAUAGUGCUGUUGUUUUGCUUGGUUUUUGUCUAAAUUGCUUCACUAAAACUUGUUUGUUUGUCGGACAGGUCACCUUUAUUUUGGUUUUUUAUGUUGCGGUUAUAGUAAAACAAAUGAGAAUGUACACUAUUGCUGAUUUCUUUCGAUGCGAAGAAGAAAGCUGUUGAAUUUUUGACACGUGAAACGCUUUGGAAAGAUGGAUAACGUCGAGAUGCUGUUGAGAUGGAGAGGACGCACACUGAAGCUGUUUCUUCAGUUCAUGUCUCGUUUCUCCUGAGAAGGAGGCUGGAAAACGAAGUCACAUCUCUCCAACAUUUGGGGUUAUAUUCUGACUUUGUAAGAUCGUUGAAGCUGACAAGUGGAAUUUCUGAAUCUUUUCUAACAUUUGUGUCCUGUGGUGUCCCUUUAUUCCUUUCCUGCUCUAGCAUUAUUUGUGGGUUGCAUCUGCGAACAUAUUUGCAUUAUAAUGUUAAGAAAUGUACAUAUCUUUUGUUGCUUCAUUAACUCAUCAGUCUCUAAAAGCUUUGUAUCCUGACAUAUAGUUGCAAACGUUAUAUUUUCAUAUGAAUCGUUUUGUUUUUAGUUGUGCGUUUAGUUCCGGUUGAUGGUUAACACAAUAUGUGCCCGAGUCCUUCAGAAGGUAACAGACAUCACAUUCCAAACACAACGAUCAUAAACACAGGCAGUGAUUGUGGUAUUUCUUUCUUUCUUUUCUUUUCCCCGUUUCAAUUGAAAUAAAAUCUGUUUCAUUGUCCAGAAGUGCAAUAGGAUAGAUCUUGUAAGUCCGGGAAUAAGUUUUCCCAUACAAAGCAGGUGGGUGUCACCAUCAUAUCCACUUUUCUAAUCUGGAAUAACACACGAAGGAUUUUUUUCUUCUUCUUUUUUUUUUUUUUUGCUUUUUGUUGAAAGCUAUAUCAAAGCAUUCUAUUAUAGUGUUAUUUAAUAUGUAAAUUGUAUUGCUAUACAUAAAAUAAAA